GUGAGACUUUGAGAGUGGUAUGAUGCAUGCUUCCCUUGUUCAAGAGAUUCUGCACAAGUGAAGCUGUUAGUGUGGCAUUAUUAUUCAAAAUUAUCUUACGUGGCGUAGCGGUGGCGGUGUUAUUGAAUUUAGUUGAUCUGCCAAUGACGCUUCCAGCUACUUGUACAAUUGUACAACGUACAAGUAAUAUGCCGCCAAUGUGCUUGCUCACUGGAUAAUGAUUGUUCAUCUGGAGAUGACUUUUGUGCUUUUUACAAUGGCUUGCAAAUGUUGCUACGCUGGGAGUUGACGUCACAGCGGAUCAUUGUAAUUUUAUUCAUGAUGUUAUUUCCUGGUGAAAUAAUCUCUCAAGAGUUCGGGAAUGUCUGCCCAAAUAUGUGGCAAUAUUAUUUGGAUACUUGCUAUCUUUUUGUGCGGUCAACCGAGCUGAACUGGGCAGAUGCUCAAGUUUAUUGUCAAAGAUACUUUGCUAAUCUCGUCAGCGUGGAAACAUUUGGAGAGCAUGGAUUCGUAACAAAUUGGCUUGAAAAAAAUGAUCCAAUUCUUGCAACAUGGUACACAUCGGGAUUUGACGAACUCGGAUCCGGAGAAUAUGCAUGGACGACAUCGAAAAUGUUGGACCGACGAAUUAGCAUCAAUGAUCCAGCUUGGACCAAAUCCAGUCGUGGACGAUCUACGCCGGUGAUCGGACGAGCUCUGGGGUAUAACUUUUCCAGCACGUCCAACUCGUGGUCGUGGAUGCCGGUUAACCCGGAAAGAAUACUGCCUUUCAUUUGCGAACUGCCCGUGCAUUUAGCUGCUCUUGUACCGGAUUACGAAAGGAGUUUAGAUUACGGUAUCGUUACGGACAACGAAAUGCAGAUCCCAAGUGGACCAAUCAUUAUGCAGGAACCGGCAGAUGUCGUUUUUGAUUCUACAUUCCGAUCGUCUCGAAACUGGACAACUAUCAGAUGCACCGCUUCCGGUUUUCCAUUACCCGAAUAUUCCUGGUACAAGGUACGUUUCGAAGCCGGGAGAGAACUGAAUUAUCUUAUCGACACUCUGAGCGAUAUCCGCAUGACUCAGACCAAUGGGGAACUGACAAUUUACGAGCCACUUUCCUCCAAGGAUCGCGGAGAGUACUACUGCUCAGCUACUAAUCGCUAUGGAACUGCCAUCAGCAAGAGGAUAUCCUUGAACUUUGGUUAUAUUGGCGACUUUGCCCUUCGACGGGAAACAAUGUUCAUUGUGAUGUACAAUGGCGCUGCCAUUCCAUGUGAUCCUCCGACAUUUUUCCCAGCUGUUAGUUACGCAUGGGCGCGGGAUGCAUUUCCUAAUUUCGUGGAAGAAAACCGGCGGGUUUUUGUAUCAAAGGAUGGAAAUUUGUAUCUGAGUCAUGUGGAGCUGUAUGACGAAGGAACGUAUCAGUGCAUUGUGAAAAGUACUAUUGGGGAUGUGGGCAAAACCGGUCCAUUUUUUAAAGUUGUUGUACGUCGAGAACAAAGUAUGGGCCAGCUAAAGAUCUGGUCGUCCUUCCAGGUCUUUCCACUGCUGCCGGUUGCAGGGAAUAAUGUCACACUGGAAUGUUUUGCUUCUGGCUACCCAACGCCGACAUACGAAUGGAAACGUUUAGGAGGCAAAGCCUUCUCCGUGAAUCACAAAAUGCUGAAGCACAAUCGCAUCCUCUCGAUCCCCAAUGCCCAGGUUGCCGACUCCGGAGACUACGAAUGCCGUGCAUCGUCGCACCAAGGCAUGGUUUCGGCAGUGGUGACCCUGGACGUAAAAGCCAAACCGCAUUUUCUCGCCCACUUAGCUCCGCGGUUAGCCGAUACAGGGACGGAUGUGACAUGGACAUGCGCGGCAUUUGGUAAACCGACCCUGACCUAUCGGUGGUAUAAAAACGGCGAACUGCUUCAUUAUCCUUUGAUGAAAACCGAAGAUUUGGGCCGCUACCAAAUCGACGCUAACCGGCUAACUGUGCGCGCCGUACAGGAGACCCGCGAUAAUGGAAUCUACCAAUGCGAAGCCACGAAUGUUCUAGGCAAUGCCUUUUCUGCCGCGGAAUUACGGGUGAUAUCUUUCGCCCCCAGUUUUCGCAAGAAUCCCGUUAGUUCCAUGUUGUAUGCGGUUAGUGGGGGCAAUAUCACGCUGCGCUGUAAACCGGAAGGCGCGCCCACACCGCUGAUUCGCUGGUUGUACAAUGGCGCGCCGCUACCGGCCACGCCCCGGUCUGUUGUAUCCGGAAGUGGCGAUCUUCUCAUUUCUCCGGUGUUGCUGAUGGACGAAGGGACCUACACGUGCGAGGCGACGAAUCCACUGGGCAGCGAGCAGAGCAGUGGAUAUCUGCGCGUAUUGCGUGGACCAAGAAUGCUGGAGAUUCCGGUUGCGGAGCAGGUUCCGUUCAACAGUUCGACCGCAUUGCGCUGCACGGCCGAUGCGGAUCCUUUGCUGGACAUUUCUUAUGAAUGGUUGCUUAACGGAGCGCCGGUAAAUUUUGGAGAGAUGUCCAAAUUUUAUACAGGCUGGAAACAGAAUCGUGGGUACAUCUUCAUUCGGCAGUUAAGCUAUAGCGAAUCGGGUGAAUACACUUGUGUGGUCAAAACUCCAAUUGCCGAUCUCGUGCACCGCGCCAAUGUGGAGGUCGUCGGACCACCUGGACCACCAAGCGGAAUCGUCGCUGCACCACUCCCACUCGGCCCAACGUCUGUCACCCUUCGACUGACCGAUGGUUCCCGCCAUGGACUAGAUGCUCUUUUCUACAGAAUCGAGUCGCUCGCAAACCAGACAACGUUAUGGUCCGUCCUGCUAAGUGGCGUUUCUCCCACCAGAGCGAACAACUUCGGUCGAAAGGAAAUCGACUUAAUCAAUGCCCUGCAUCCAUGGACAGCCUACCGGUUCCGCGUUGCAGCCGGAAAUUCUCUGGGCUGGAGCGAAGCAUCCGCGCCUUCUGCUAUCUACGAAGUGCCGCCCGCUGUACCCUUCCAAGCUCCGACACGGAUCAGUGGAGGUGGGGGACGCGAAGGAGAUCUUGUGGUAAUUUGGGAAGGUUUGCCGGCGACCCAACAAAACGGCCCCGGUAUUGGGUAUAAGGUUUUCUUUCGCAAAGCGGCAUCCGGCGACAACUUCCGGGAAGAGGUUGUCACAGGAAACAGGAAUCGAGCGGUGUUCCGAAUUGGCGGUGAUGAAGUAUACCAACCGUACGAAGUGGGGAUUAAAGCGUUUAAUGUUAUGGGAGACGGACCAGCGAGUGCAACAACAAUCCUUUAUUCAGCUGAAAAAAUUCCACUGACUGCACCGACGAACGUCGGAGGUGUUCCUUUCAACUCUACCGCCAUAAAGGUCACUUGGACGCCCAUACCAAACAGUCCGGAAAUUGCUAGAGGGGCUUUACUUGGUCACAGAGUCAAAUACUGGCGCCGUGACUGGGACCAAGAAGACGCCUGGACAGUCUUUUUUCCCAAUUCAAGUGAAUCAACCCUAAUAAAAGGAUUGGAUCAUUUUACGGAAUAUUUCAUCACCGUAAUGGCUGUUAACUCGGCCGGAAAUGGGCCGGAAAGUGAACCCGUCGUUGCUCGCACAUAUCGUUCCGAACCGAAAGCCUUUCCCAUGGGAGUGCGCGUCCGGAUACGGGACUGGACGAGUGUCAUGAUCGACUGGCGCGGCAUCAUGACCGGGCCACAGGAGGAGCCCAUUGAGGGAUACAAGAUCCGCUACUGGCGUCAGGGGGAAGAUAUCAAAGCAGCCAACGACUUAAUUCUUCCGCUCAACAGCCUCUUUGGCCGGCUGGAAACUGUGCUGGGCGGCUUGACGCCCGGACAGGCAUACAACCUGCGCGUACUAGGAUACAGUGGCGGUGGUGAUGGUCGAAUGAGUUCACCGGUGUGGCAGUUUAAAAUGGUUGUUCCAAACACUUCGUCCAGACCGAUGUGGUCAACCUGGCAUAUGACAGUGCCGUUUUACCUUGCCGUUCUGCAUUUGUCCAAAGCCUUCCAUAUUGUGCAUUAACCAAGUUUGUUGUAGCAGUUAUCGGUGUAAAGUUACUCACCGAUUUAUUCGAGGAUCCCUACAGUAGUGGAAAAGGUCACAGAUUUCAAAGAACUCUCGUAGCAAUGCAUAUGCAGGCAAUCAGGGUUUCUACGAAGUAUUUCUUUUGGAGUCAUUAAUUGUUGGCGUAAUACUGCCUGAUGUUCCUGCUGUACUGGUGCAUGUGGUCGAAAAAGCGUGUGCUUUCGUUGUGUAAUGUUCAGUUUCCGUUGUCUUCGUAUUUCUUACCGUCUUUGAUCUUCCGGUUGUGUCACCAAAAGCUGA